UUUGUAGUUAAGGGGAAAGUACUCAAAUAUGUAAUUUUCUUCGUGUAAAAGUACUUUCUUCUACAAGAACUUAUUAGCAUAGCUUACGAAGUAUUUUAACCAGCAUUUUAUAUUAACAUUUACGGUAUUUUUGCUGGCUUUUACCAAGUGACAUUUGCUUAUUUUGAACAUUUUCUGUUUCCCUAGUUGGUGACAAGAAUAAUUAGUUUCCGUAAAUGACGCACGCAGUCUCUAUGUGGUUAGUUUAACUGUCAAUGAAGUUUGUUGUUCAGGCGGAAAUAACCAGUUGGCAAUAAAACGUAGAAAAAUAAGUUACUUCUUUGCUCAGUGAUGUUUUCUAGGCCGACAUUAUGUACUAAUUUAAUCCUCAUUGUGUAUGAAAUUUGUUCUGGUGACGGUAAACUAUUGUAGUUAUAUACCGCAUGACUACAAAAUAACAUUUUCCAAAUUCAAACAUUAUUCUGUGAAGUCUUUCAUCGUUUAAUUUGCAAACUUUCUUAAUGGUCUUCUGCAGUUGCAGUAGCCAUCAUGCCUAAAAGCCGGCAGAUGACUAUCGUAUGCAUAAUUAACCUAGAGCCAAGCAGUUCUUCAACCACUAUCAAGAAUAGGGCAUUCACUGACAUUGAGAAAGCAUGUCAACGAAUUAAAGCAAGUCUCACUGUUGUACCCUUCAAAAAUCUUGAUUUUGGUGAAACAUCUGCUUUGGAAAGUUUUUACAAUGCUGAUGUUGUGAUUGUGGAUAUAUCGACAGGAAUAGUCCAAGCUCUUGGCUACCAUGUUGGUGUCCGCCACAGUAUGGGUAUGAAACACAACAUCAUAAUUUCUUGUGAGAUAGAUACUGAAGUAACACAUCCGUUCAAGUUAUGCUGGGGCAAUUCCUACAAAUACUUGCCUUAUACUCUUGAUAACAAUGGUGCUUGUGUAGUUGCUGAUCCUGCAAGAGGGCAACAAAUAGAUACUCCAGUUGUGAACACAGGUGAUGCUGCUCCUUUACUGUGCAAUGCAAUACAAAGUGUCUUGCUUGAGGUAGAAAAAGAUAACAAAACACAUUUGAAAGAAAAUUUCCUGAAAGAUUUGAAGAAAACUCGUAACACAUAUCAAGGAAAAGAAUUGUCUGAGGCAUUACAUAGUUUUCAGAUGCGCCUAGAUGAUCCCCAGCUUUUGUCACCAGAAAUUAUUUGGAAUAUGUUGAUAUCUUAUCGAGAUAUCCAGGACUACCAUGCAAUGGUGAAGUUAGUGGAAGAUCUUGCUCAAGUCCCAAAGAAUCGCAUCACAUCUAUGCCCAAUAUUCAGCAUCUUUAUGCUUUUGCAUUAAACAGACGUGACAAAAAAGGCGACAGUGAUAAAGCUUUGAAGGUUAUUCAACAGGCAAUUGAACAAAGCAAUCCACCUGUAUCUGAUAUGUUAUGUUUAUGUGGCCGCAUAUACAAGGAUAAAUUUGUUCAGUCAGAGUAUACAGAUCAGAAGUCACUAGAACAAGCUAUUCAUUGGUGAGUUUCUCAUAUUUUCAUCAGGUUUUUCUGAUUUAAGUUUUGAACUAGAAGAGAAAGAAAGGUGUUACCUGGAACCUAUAUAAAAUAGGUAUCCUACUCCAUAAAAUUAGCAUGUGAAUAAUAAUUGGAUGAUGAUGUCACUUAGUAAAAACACAUCAGAACACAUAUGUCAAAAUAAGUUAUGAACAUCAAUUCCUUAAGGAGAAAACUACAAAAGUACAUGAUAUAUAUAUAUUUUUAAUAUUUUGCUUAGGCAUUUUAGUACUUAUAACCUGUUGUAGAACUCAGUAUAUGUAUGUUUCAGAACAAAGUGUCCAAUGAGUAUACAGCAGUAAUGAGAAAAAGAGAUAAGACAAGAAAACAAAGGUUAUGUUAUGAACUUCAUUAGCUUACAACUGUUUCUGCCAUAAGAUGCAGUGGACUCUUAAUUGAGUGCCUGGAUAACAUCCAAUAGCUUCACUGGAGCCUCCAAUAUGAAGUACAAUUUUGGAAAAAAGAAUUACAUAUUUGGAAUAUACAGGGAAAGUGUUAUCAGUGAGAAAGUCAUUGCUGAUGUAUAAUGGAAAGUGUGUCCAAAAGGCAGUUAGAUUUUCUAGUAGAAAGAAAACACCCAAAAAUAUGUAUAUAGUAUGCAUGCACACAUACUCGAAAAAAUGCGUGCAGGCACACAACAUAGAGAUACAC